UGUGCACAUUAUGCACACCCAAGAGCCAGAUCAGCUCCGCACCACGAGAUACGAAUGAGGCCGCAAGGAACUUACACAGCCACAUUGUAGGACAUGACGAGCACAUACAUUUCAAUUUUUGCUUAGCCAGUUCGUCCCUUAAUCUCUCUGACCUUUCUGACUCUUGAAAAAUCAACGUUCAGUACCCCAUGACGUCGUGGUCAAAGGAUGAUGAUAAGUACCGUCUGCCCGAGGGCGUCGUGAGAAUAGGCUAUGAUGCCGACAGGCAGUGCUACCAAUUUUACGAUCACAGCGAUGGUAGUCUUUGGGAAGGACCAGAAGGCUCGCAAUAUGGAAAGUUGCGAAGAAUAAGCGCUGGGCCGCCUGGAGAAAGCCGCAUGUUCAGCGACAAGAAUUCACCAACUGCUGAGCGAGUAAAAUCCCAAGGGACACCCACAUCGUCUGCGCCGACAGAUUUCGACCAAAUUCUGGGCAACAUGCGUCGUGAGAGAAGUGUGUCUGAGACAGGCCUCAAAUCGAGCGGCCCAGUGCUCCUAGGAUCCGUAAUCAAGCGCUCAGCCACAGUUGUUUGUACCCCUCUUCUUGCUAUCGCCAGGCUUCUUGAACGUGUUUAAAGACGAUCACAUGCUGACUCUUGCAGACAUCAAAACUCACACGCACGCUGAGCAGAAGGGCUCACAGAUCAGGAGAAGAGCCACUUUUGGAAGAAAGUAGGCGCAAGAAAAGAACGGAGGAGACUUGAAAAAUUCAAAAACUCCAUUGCUGUUCUAAAGUCCCAGUUCGUCAUGGAAAGGACUUCACAUUAUCUUGUAUUUACCUUGAUCGAACAUUGAGCGAAGCCGUGCUCAAAAUGUUUCUAUAGUCAAACACCAUAUCCAUACUCAUGUUAACUUAACAUGCAUGCAGGCAAGACACAGAAAGAGUGAUGCGGUCAACAAGUGCAUCUACAACCUCAUCACGGGGUUUCAUCCAGGUCAAGAAAAGCAUUUUCUACACACUGCUAGCCUGAUAUUGGUUGCACUGAUUCGGGGCCAGCUUCACUUUUUUUCUUUUUUUUUAUAUCUCUGCACGAAAUCUUCCCCCAUUUUGUUUAGUCAUUUGGAAGUUACGC